CCUAGCACACCAAUAUAAAACUACACAAUGCAGCGGAAACACUGUGCAACUGGAGGACACAAACCGCGAAGGAAUCCCCCUCCUAUUUGAACAGAGCAGGAGGGGGGGUGGCUCUGGAAAGACGCGCUGGGGCGUGUGACGUGUCCGAGGCUGGAGGUUGUUGUUGUGGAAGUGGCGCCGGGUCGGGCCAGUUACUGGCAGAGAGUGACAGCGGGGUCAGUGAGUACCAGAGCCCUGGCAAUCUAACAGCCAGAAUAUCACCGCUGGGAUCAGCUCUGUCUGUAUUGGUAUCUUUCUUGUUUUGAGUUGGCUGAAUGCACAGUGAACACUUUAUUACGGUCCCAGCUUUGUCGUCAUCUGCCAGAGAAACAGGGAGAAGCCAGUAAGUUGUGAUGGAUAAUUAACACCCAACAGCAGAAACAGAAUCCUCACUUCUGCCUUGGUUGAAGGAGCUCUCAUCGCCAUCUCCUCACUGAAAUGCAUUCAUCCCUACAUGCAUAGACCAAACUGCAGGAUGAGCAUAGCGGUUAUUUUCAACGCUCUGCUCGUGUCCAUCCUGGCGGUCAUGUUGUGGAAGUACGUUAAGUUGUGGGAACAUGCCGUGUCCAUUGAGGAAGAGUUGAUGCUGUCCCGGCAGACCCAAGAACUGUCCCAAGUCAGGAUUGACUACCAUGUUGCCUUGCAAGCCCUGAUGGAAGAUGGCACCAGGAUGGUUUGCACAGGAAGAAUGCACACUGAGCGGAUCUGCCGCUUCGAGUCCCUCUGCUACUCCACUGAGGCUGAGGAGUUUGUCUUCUUCCAUAGCAACGCUUCUAUCUUGCUGCCAAAUCUGGGCUCCCGGCGGUUCCAGCCUGCUCUGCUAGACCUGUCUUCUGUAGAAGAUCACACCUCACAAUACUUCAAUUUUGUGGAAUUACCUGUUGCUGCUCUUAAGUUCAUGCCGAAGCCGGUUUUUGUGCCAGAUGUUGCAUUGAUCAUGAACCGUUUCAACUCAGACAACCUCAUGCAUGUCUUUCAUGAUGACCUCCUCCCAAUCUACUACACCAUGCAACAGUUUCCAGACUUGGACGCAGACUCGCGGUUGGUAUUUAUGGAAGGCUGGAAUGAAGGGUCGCACUUUGAUCUCUACAAAUUGCUUAGCAACAAGCAACCCCUUCUGAGGGAUCAACUGAAAGGCCUCGGCAAGUUGCUUUGCUUUACGAAAUCUUAUGUUGGGUUGUCAAAAAUGACAACUUGGUAUCAGUAUGGGUUCAUCCAACCUCAGGGACCAAAAGCAAAUAUAUUGGUAUCUGGGAAUGAAAUUAGGCAAUUCACACACUUCCUCAUGGAAAAGUUAAACACAACCACAGAGUCCGGUGGUGAAGGGUACAUUGUGGUGUUCAGUCGUACAGUCAAUAGGUUAAUUCUGAAUGAAGCAGAAUUGAUCUUGGGCUUUGCACAGGAAUUUCAGAUGAAGGCUAUUGUGGUGUCUCUGGAUGAUUAUUCCUUUGGAGAUCUCGUGGGACUGAUUAGUGGAGCCUCCAUGCUGGUCAGCAUGCAUGGAUCCCAGCUGGUGAUGGCGCUCUUUCUGCCCCCAGGUGCUGUGGUUGUCGAACUCUUCCCUUAUGCUGUUAAUCCCGAACAUUACACGCCUUACAAAAUGCUGGCAUCUCUCCCAGGCAUGGACCUGCAGUAUGUUGCUUGGCAGAAUACUAAAGAGGAGAAUACGGUUGCUUAUCCCAAAAGGCCGUGGGAACAAGGCGGAAUUGCUCAUCUUGAUAAAGCUGAACAAGAGCGUAUAAUAAAGAGCAAAGAGGUCCCUCGCCAUCUGUGCUGCCGAAAUCCUGAGUGGCUGUUUCGUAUUUAUCAGGACACCCUUGUGGAUAUCCCCUCACUGAUGAGUGCCAUUCAUCAGUCAGUGAAAUCCAAACUUCCUCUCAGAAAGGUUAAGUCAAGCAGCGUAAUAUACCCUGGAAAGGUGAGAGAUUCCAAGUGCCAAACCUCUGUUCAGAGCACCAAAGUGGCAAAGUUGUCCAUUUCUUGGCAAGUACCUUGGAAUCUGAAAUACUUAAAGGUAAAAGAGGUGAAGUAUGAAGUGUGGAUACAGGAACAGGGCGAGAACACUUACAUGCCUUACAUCUUGCCUUACCAGAACUACACAUUCAUGGAAAACAUUAAACCGUUUACAACCUAUCUGGUUUGGAUAAGGUGCAUCUUUAAUAAAAACCUUCUUGGCCCAUUUGCAGAGGCACUGACUUGCAACACAUAAAGCAAGACUGCUGAUCAGAUGAGAAGAAACAUCCUGUACUUCAAUAAGUUGUGUGGCUUAAAAAUGUGUAAUUCAAUAUUUGUUUAGCCCCUGUAGCUGAAAAUAUUUGUAGUGAGUAACGGGACAGAUCUUAAAUAAUGGGUUGUUUUGGGGCUUUUGUGCACAGUUGAGUGAGCCUGUCGUGAAGUGCUGACCUGAUGUAAAGAGGUACAGGUUCAAAGCCAAUUAAGAUGUGGCUGAAAUGAUGAAUCACGACUAAAAUUAAUAAGGUCGUUUUGGACUGGUUCUUAACACAGUGGUUGGAUAAAACCGCCGGAGUAUCUCAAAUCACAAGUUCAGUAUCUGAGUAAGGGUGGUAUCAUUGGCUAUGACAGCAUGUGAGACGGAGAGAAUGUGAAUGUUUGGGUUCAUAAUGAAGACAAUUUUGGGGUUUUGAAGCAAAAACAGUUAGCUUGCUCAUAUCAUAUGUGCAACUUAGUCAAUUCUGAAGUGAAGAAACCAACCAAAGCUUCACCAACAAAUGUAAUGAGCUGCGACUGCUGAGAAUUUCACACAGGCCUGCUGCGAUCUGAGCCACAAAUGCAUAAAAUAAUACAUAAGGGUUGUAGAUCGGCUAAAGUGAACCUGCUUGGUAAAAUGUUUGAGUUUCUUUUAAAGUUCUUUUUCCUCUAUCAGAAGAGCCUGCCCCUCUCCAAUUGGAAAUGACUUCAUUACACUUGCUGUAUUGCAGAUUGGUGAAGAGCAUUCCUCCCAUCACUGUCCCUGCACAAAAUAUAAUAACCACAAAUCCCUCCAGAUGCUAAAGGCUUGCUCCUGUAUGGGCUUUCUGUUCCCCAUUUCCACAAGUUUUUUCUCAGAUAUUGAUGAACCUUUGCUGAAGAAAUCUGACCAGGUGCUGACUUACUUCAGUUCCCCUCACUGUGAAUCGAUUCCCUGAUUCUUACGGAUUCUAAAUUAAGAUCUUAAAAUCUUCUUUCCCUCCAUCUCUUUUCAGAAACAAAAUGCCCAGAGUACACAGCUGAAGCUUAUUGUACUAAAUUCUAGUACUAAACUUCUUCAUUGGCUGACCCUCUCUAUUAAUGUGAUACUCCAGAUAUGCUCCCACCAAUGGCCAAUUACAGCCUUAAAAUCUCCCCUUGAUUUAUAUAUUAUAAUCUUGCCCCGUGUUUACAGUUAUGUCCUUAUUUGCAACAACUUUAUUGGAUUAAAUGUAAAAGUAGAUUUAACAGGUUUGCACUCCCAGUGGAAAGCAUGGGGCAUUGGCCAUUCAAUCCAGCACAGGUACGAUGGGCUGAAUGGUCUCCUUCUGUGCUGCAUUAUUCUGUGAUUCUAAUUAAAAUUGAUGGGACAGAAUGUCUUGCAGGUCCUGUUCCCCUCAGUUCCCACAUGGCCUGUACUUUUUGUGCGUGAGCCUUGGAGGUGAUAGUGUUCCUACAAUAUUGCUGCUAUCAUCCUUCUCAGUGGUGGGGUUUCUGUGGUUGGGCUAUGCUGUUGAAUUAAAUUUGGUGAGUUUCUGCACUUCUUCAGGUGAAUGGUGCAUACUGAAACCACAUUGUGCCAGUGGUGGAUGUUGAGUUCAGGUGUAGAGGUAUCAUUCUGGCAGACUGUUUUGCUGUCCGUGAUGCUGAGCAUAGUGAACCAUUUUCAGGUGACUAUUCCAUCACCUUCUUGACUUGAGGUUUGCAGAUGGUGGAGAGGCAUUGAGAGAUCAAAGAGCGAGUCAAUUGUCAUAGAAUAUCCAGUGUUUGAUUUUGAAGCCACAUAUACAGUUGUUCCAGUUCAGCUUCUGGUCAAGAUGUCAACAGUGGAGCACUCUGCAAUGGUGAGGUCAUUGAAGGUCAGGGAUGGGUGGCUGAGUUUUCCUUGGAGACAGUCAUUGCUCGGCACUUGUGAGAUAUAAUUUACUCCUCCAUAAAUGCAGAAGCUGAGUAAUGGAAUCUGCUUUAUUGGAAUGUGUAACUCGCAUUGAAGGAACACAAACAGAACAGGCAGCCAGUUAUGAAUAAUCAAACAAAAAUUGCUGGAAAAACUCAGCAGGUCUGACAGCAUCUGUGGAGAGAAGGACAGAGUUAACGUUUCAAGUCCAGAUGACUCUUCUUCAGAACUAAAGAGAAGUAGAAAUGUGGAGAAAUAAAUAUAUGCUGUAUAAGGGGGGGAAUGGGACAGAUGAAGCUGGAUAGAAGGCCAGUGAUAGUUGGAGGGCAAUUUCCAGCAAUUUUUAUUUUUGUUUCAGAUUUCCAGCAUCUGCAGUUAUUUUGCUUUUAUCUGCUAUGAAUAAUCAAAGUUGUUUUGUUGUGAAAUUCAAGGGAAUGUGAAAUAAAAAGAACUGCCAGUGCUCAAGCUGUUGAAUGGGAUUGCAGUGCUGGUUAAAACAGGAGCAGGCUGCAUACACCUGUAACAACAGGUUAGUAAAUUGGGUAGAGACCUUUUGUCAACACAGACAUUGCAGCCUCGGAGCUGCUGAAUGGCAAUUUUCUAGUGUGAUGUGCUAAUGACCAGGAUUGAAUUGCAUGAAUGACUUUUAUUGAAUGUGAACAGUGCCGAAUAACAUCAAUUACAAUAGAUGAAUAACGAAACACCUGCUUUUUAUGUAGCAUCUUUCACAAUCUCGGGAUGUCCCAAAGUGUUUUACAGUCAAACUGCACCUGGAUAGUAGUGAAAAAGUACAAACUGCUCUGGGUAGCAGGAUGGACCGACGAACAACUGCAUGAGCUUUACAUCAAUAGGUGGGAUAAACGUAAAAACAAGUAUCAAAAAAACAAACACUUCAAUCUUGGGAGCCAAGCAAAAGUGUAAUAAUGUAAUAGUGUAUUGUACAAACUAAGUGUAAGAUGGCUGUAUUGUGAAUAUUUUGAAAUGUCUUUAAUAUUUGUCUGGUUUUUAACCUAUGUGCUGUACUUUAUUAGGAUCAGGGAAUAUUGACUAUUUAUCAAUGAAUAAUUAAUUGUAUUGUUGACCAGGGUGUCGUGAAUUGUACAGAAAAAAAUAUGCUGCUUUAAUUCUGGCGUUGCGGGUUAUUUAAUACUGUGUCCCAGUGUGCAUUUUUGUUCAAGCAGAAUUUGAGCCAAAGGCCAUUUUUUUUUGUGUUAAUGUAAAUCUGUGUGGCAUUUCUGUACUUUGGAAAUUAAAUAUAAGAUUAGCAGAUUCAAGUUUCACCUCUGCAUUCUGUUCUAUAUUUCAUCUGAUCUUUUUAACCUGCACAUUCACUUGAAAUCAUGAAAUUGAAAUAUAUAUUCCAAGAAGAAACUGACAAAAUUCUCCAAACAUGUAAUUACUCAUUUAUGAUUUAAUAAUUUGGCGAAUGAGAGUUCCCCCCUCACCCCACUUAGUUCCUGUUACUUCCCCCUCCCUAUCUCUGUUAAACCCCCUUCACCCCUACAACCCUCCAAGAUCCAUGUGCUCCUCCAAUUCUGGCCUCCUGUGUGCAUCCCUCCCUUUUUACAUGGUCCACCAUUGGCAGCCAUGUCUUCGUUUGAUAAAAACAAAAAAACUGCGGAUGCUGGAAAUCCAAAACAAAAACAGAAUUACCUGGAAAAACUCAGCAGGUCUGGCAGCAUCGGCGGGGAAGAACAAAGUUGACGUUUCGAGUCCUCAUGACCCUUCAACGAUGCUGCCAGACCAGGUAUUUCUGUUUUUGUUUUAUGUCUUCAUUUGCCUGUGUCCUUUUAGCUUUAGAAUUCCCUCCCUAAACCCUCUGCCUCUUCAUCUCUCUCUCUCUUCCUUUAAGAUGCUUCUUAAAACCUACUGCUUUGACCAAGCCUUUGGUCGCCUGUCCUGGCAGCUCCUUAUGUGGCUUAAUGUCAAAUUUUGCUUGAUAAUCACUCCUAUGAAAUGUUUUGGGACAUUUAUUUUGUUAAAGGAUGUCUUGUGGUGCAGUGAAUAGUGUCCCUGCCUCUGAACUUGAAGCUCUGGGUUAGAGUCCCAUCCCAGGACUUGAUGACCAAGGACAGUGUGUUCAGAAUGCAAUGCAGCCAAACAGGUUAAGUAUCAACCUGCAAAUCCUUCCAACACACCAAUGGCAGGCAUUAAGAGCAGGAGAGAUUCCUGGACAGCCAUGUCAUGGAAAGAAAGUUGGGAAUCACCACUAUCUAUCCAUAGUUUCAGACUGCGACAUGCAUGUGAAAAGGCAUUUUGCCACAGCAACUCUGACUCCUUGAGUGAGCUGUAACACACCACCAACUCUGUGUUAAAGGCACUACAUAAAUGUGAGUUGUUGUUGUUGUUGUAGUUAUUGUCAUGAUCUUGCUGAAUGCUCAUGGAAACUUGCCCGAUAGUAAUGGCAGUUCUCAACUGUAUCAUAAACAAAAUAAAUCUUUUAAACCAGA